UUUGUUCCACCCGGACUCUAUAUGGUGUGGCACCGAGUGCGACUUUGACCCAUGAUGAUUUUCACUAUCGCGUUUUUCUGCUUAUUUUAGAAACAAACAAAUAAGUGAAAGUUUUUUAAAAAUGUUUGUUAUAACAGAGACUGUGUUCCGCAGUGCCACAGUGUGUGUGCUGACUCGGGCUACACUGCUCAGGUGUCCGAGUGUGUGUAAAAAUCACUAUCAUUCACACACUUUAGUGAGAUUUUACUCUUCAGAGAAGAAAACAGUGAGAAUCGGCUGUGCUUCCGGCUUCUGGGGAGACACAGUGACGUCAGUUCCUCAGCUCAUACACGGAGGGAAGCUGGACUUUCUGGUGUUUGAUUAUCUGUCAGAAAUUACCAUGUCGCUCCUCACAGCAGCUAAAGCUAAGAGUCCUAAUUUGGGUUACGCUCCUGAUUUUGUUGUUGCUGCUGUUUCUCCUUUCAUCAAGGAAAUCAGCCAAAAAGGUAUUCGUGUGGUUAGUAACGCCGGUGGUGUGAAUCCUCUCGCAUGUGCAGCUGCUAUACAGGAAGUAGUGCAGAAAUCUGGGCUCAGUUUGAAGGUUGCCGUGGUAACUGGUGAUGAUCUUAUGCCUCAAAAAGACUCUCUGAAUUUAUUGAAGAUGGCUGAAACACAAGAAACCAAACCGCUUCCCAAAACUGUACACAGUAUGAACGCAUAUCUGGGCGCUCUCCCCAUAAAGCGAUGUCUGGACCUCGGGGCUGAUGUGGUGGUCACUGGCCGCUGUGUGGACAGCGCUGUGGUGCUCGGACCCCUGAUGCAUUCAUUUGGCUGGGAUCAGAAUAACUUUGACCUCUUGGCUGCUGGAAGUCUGGCAGGUCACCUGAUCGAGUGUGGAGCCCAAGUGACCGGCGGCAUUUUCACUGACUGGCACACGGUUCCUGACUGGGAUAACAUGGGCUUCCCCGUGAUCGAGUGUUCCUCUGAUGGCUCCUUCACGCUCUCCAAACCUCCCAGAACUGGUGGGCUGGUGUCAUAUGGUACAGUAGCAGAACAGUUAGUGUAUGAAAUAGGAGAUCCACGUCAUUACCUUCUGCCUGAUGUCACGUGUGACUUCUCACACGUCACCAUUACUGAGAUUCCAGGUGUUGAUGGAGGAGCAGUGAAAGUGGGUGGAGCCAAAGGAUCACCACCAUCAGUUGACUACAAGGUCUGUGCCACUUAUAUGGAUGGAUUCAGAGCGACGGCGGUUUGUCCUGUCGUCGGACCUCGAGCAGCACAGAAAGCCAGAAAGACUGCAGAGAGCAUAAUCAAAAGGACCAGGCAGAUGUUCAGACACCUGGGACUGGAUGAUUACAGUGAUGUGAAUGUUCAGGUUCUGGGUGCAGAGGACACGUACGGACCUCACGCACUCAACACUGUAGAUCUUCGGGAAGCAGUUCUGUGGAUGGCCGUCCAUCAUAAGCAGAAGAAAGCUCUUGAAAUUUUCUCUAGAGAAGUGGCUCCUGCAGGAACCGGCAUGGCUCCUGGACUGACAGGGAUUGUCGGAGGCAGACCACGAGUGUCUCCUGUACUGAAGUCUUUUUUCUUCCUACAUCCUAAAGCAGCCCUGAAGGUGAACAUCCACCUUAACGGAGAGCUGAUGGAGACGUACAGAGAGACGGUGUGUCGUUCACCUGAAGAACUUCAUACUUCCUCUCAGCUCCUAGAGCAAAAUGACGUCCCUACGGAUCUCCCCAGCGGUCCUCACACUUAUAGACUUGAAGAAUUGGCGUUUACACGAAGUGGAGAUAAAGGAAACUCUGCCAAUGUUGGAGUUAUAGCCAGAAACCCACUGUACUUUCCCUAUCUGAAGAAGUGUUUGACCGCCGAAAGGGUGGAGAAAUUCUUUCAGCACCUGAUUAAGAAAGAAGAUGACAAUCUGCCCUGCGUGACACGGUUUGAGUUGCCCGGUGUUUGUGGUUUAAACUUCCUGAUACGCAAUUCUCUUGGAGGAGGAGGAGUGGCGUCUUUAAGAAGUGACCCUCAGGGAAAAGCUUAUGGACAGAUGUUGCUGGACUACAGACUGAGUGGACUUCCUGACCUCACCUCACUGGUAGACAGGAACAUGAUGGUCUAAAGUGUUUAAUGUGAUUCACCACGUGAACAAGACGCAGAGCACGAGCAAAUAAAUCUCUUACUGGUGUUAUAACGUAUUAUAAUGUGUACGUGGAGCUUAGACAUUAACUUCCAUCACUCUUAAAUACUUACAGAUUUCUCACUGAAUUAGGAGGUUAAAGUGAAACAUCUUCAUAUUAAACUGUUAUUUGUGUGAUUGUUAGUGCAGUUACACUGGAGUUUAAUCCGAUUCACUGCUCAAAAUCAAGCUCUGGACUCAAACUCCCAGAAUGCAGUGCAGUUAUACAACUCAA